GAAGCCAUCAAAUUCUACGAUCGCUUCGGAUUCAAGGUCGUCAGUGAGGUGAAAUUCUACUAUAAACGAGUUGUCCCUCCUCACGCGUACUUGCUAAAACGAGUAUUACGUCAGCCGACAUCACCUGUGGCGAACUUAUUGAAAUCUCCGAGUGUAUCGGAACAGAUAGCAGCAUAUACAGAAGCUGUGUCUGUUCACCCGCAAGCAGAUACGCGUUUAAUUGAGAAACAGAGUCACUGUAUGAGUUCGAGCACGCGCAUCAAGAGUAUUGCUGUCAAACACGGGGCGCACAAUGGAUGGCUGCCACGAAGGAAGGUUCAGUGUAGCAAUUCGAGUACAUCUGCCUUUAAGUGUACUGCGAAGGUAACGCUGGAAACAAGGGCUAGUUCCAAACCUUCCACACCGGUGUUUGGGUGUACAAAUGUUGCACCUGUCAUGAAGUGCGCCUCUGCUCAGUUCAGAAAUGCCGACCAUUCGUGCCCCAUUUCUAGCGCAAGACGGGCUCCCAGUUCGGAGACAGAAACACUGUCAAGCGCACAUACUCAUACACGCAUGUGCACAGAGAAAAUACAAACUUCGACUCUUCGCUCACCUGCGAUGACGCAUUUAGUAACCGAUGAUGGGCAAUGCUAUCCUGCCAUUGCACGCGAGACAAAUGGGGUUGUUGGUGGUAUCCCGAUAUCCAGCGAAUCAUCUAGUCUGCAUAACCGACCGGACAUAGAUGAGGAAAGCACAGACAGUAACAACACCCACAAAAGGGCGAAGAUCCGCAAUACGUACAUCGAUCUCGAUGCAGAUACACCUACGCCUAGAAAUACUCCGCCGAUGCCGGCGGGAGAGAUCACUGGCGACAAAGAGUCGUAUAGUAUAUUAGAUACCGACAAAGAUAAAAGGAUACGCACAGAAUGAAGAAUUGUGCUCCACCUAGAAUAGAUGCACAUAUGUGCUAAAUAAAUACACUUUAAAUAUGGUGUUGGAACGCCAGG